AUGUUGUCGCUUUUUAAGCUUGGUAGCACCAAGAAUGUUGAUCAAAAACAUGAAAGAAUUUCUCGUAAUUUCGGCUUACCCAAAGACACAUAUGAAUCCUAUGAAUCCCACGAUUCUCGUAAACGAUCAGAUAGGUUCAAUACUCAUCCCAUGAACAAUCACGCGACCAAUUUAAGUCGACACAUUUCUAAUAGUAAAGAACAAAAUCGACACAGAACAACAGAAAAAGCUCCGAAAACGUUUAAUAAAUUUGAAGCCGAGAAAAUUGAGUUCCUGAAAGAAUUCGCUAUGCAAUACGGUUAUAACGGAAAGAUCGAUUCGAUACGCGAGAAUGAAUAUCCUCAGUUGAAGGGGGCGGUCUACUUAGAUCAUUCCGGUGCUACCACUUACGCAAAAUCCAUACUCACCUCCUACCACUCCGACCUCACCCGAAACCUUUUCGGCAAUCCUCAUUCCAACAAUCCAAGUUCCUCGCUCACAUCUCACCGAGUUGAGCAGGUUCGUUUGCGCAUUCUCCAACACUUUGAUGCCAAUCCUGAAGAUUAUCAGGUAAUAUUUACCCCAAAUGCCACAGGCGCCAUUAAGGUAGCGGGUGAGAUGUUCCCAUGGACCAAUAAGACGAAGUUUAUGUAUUUGAGGGAGUCACAUAAUAGCUUGGUAGGAUUAAGAAGAUAUGCCGAGGAGUUUGGAUCAAGGAUUACAGAUUCGGUAGACGAAAAUAGAAAAAAGCUGAAUACCAAUAAAUCAAAAUAUUUGGUAUUGUUGGAUGCCGCAGCUUUUUUGACAUCUUCAAUGGUAUCAUUGGCUGAUAAGGAAAAUUCACCUGAUUUUGUGGUAAUGAGUUUUUACAAGAUAUUUGGCUUUCCCACGGGGUUGGGAGCUCUAAUAGUGAAAUCGGAAUUGGCUCCAAUCCUUAAAAAAAGGUAUUUUGGUGGUGGAACUAUACAAGCAGUAGCAUAUGAUCGUCCAUGGCAAAAAUUCCGCACCGAUCUCAGCGAACGUUAUGAAGACGGAACCAUCAACUUUCUAGAUAUCAUAUCUUUGCAACAUGCAUUCACCGUAACCGAACGAAUAUACACCAGCUUUCGUUUGAUAAAACCACACGUCACUUCACUGAUCACCUAUUUGGAUCGUCGUAUGCGAGCCCUCAAACAUUGGAAUGGCAUGCCCGUGGUCGCUAUUCACAGCGAUCAUGAUUAUUCGGACAACGUAAGACAGGGACCGGUGUUUAACUUUAAUGUGCGAAAGCCAGACGGAAAUUGGGUGGGAUACGGUGAGGUUGAAAAGAUGGCCAGCGUUAACGGGAUACACUUACGAUCCGGUGGGCUUUGUAAUCCAGGAUGCGUAUCAAGAUGGGUCGAUCUUUCGCCCGAUGAUGUCAUUCAUAAUUAUAAGCUUGGAAAGAUUUGUGGAGAUGACAAAUAUAUCUUUAAUAAUAAAAUUCAAGGCGCCAUUCGAAUCUCUCUUGGGGCAAUGACAACAAUCGAUGACAUACUCACGUGGUUGCAUUUCUUCCAGAGUUACUACGUCGAGACUGCUUCGCCAGAACUCGUUCCGGAAAAACAUACGACGCCAAAAACACAAUUUUACAAACAAGAUACGUACAAUUCGCAAAUUGAAUUAAAAGGAAGCCGAACCGUCAUUAAAAGCAAGAAACCAAACGUUUCUUCACCGAACCUUUUAUUGCAAUUACAUGAAGAUAUGGUAUUAAAGUCACAACAGCAGGAGAAACUACUAGGAGAUAAUCGGAAACAAUAUAGGCCGACAGCGAAUGCCAGCGGUAUUAUUGAACACUUUUGUAGACUUGCGAAUGAUAAUGAAACCAAUAACCUUACUAGUAGGCAGGCCCUUGAAAUUAGAGGUGCCGAGGUUAAUUUCCAGGAUUGA